AUGGAAGUCCUCCCACAUUAUAAAGAAAAUAUUCGUUUUGAGCUUGCUUCUCGAAAGCUAGAAGAAGAUUUUUUCAGGUGGCUGAGCAUUCCUUCAACUAGUUCUCUAAUCCAAAAGUUAAUAGAAGAAUCAAAAAACCCUUCAUCCGCAAAUAAUCAGCCAAGUCCUCUUUUCCCUAAUAGAGCAGCGCCAUCAUCUCCAAGCGUGACAUCUCCUAAAGGUAGAGCUUCCUUAACCCCUCCGCUAUCCCCAGGCGCUGCAGACAGGCCCCCCACUUCGCAUUCUCAAUCAUUGCCAGCAGAUGGACUUGCACAAAUCAAGCCAAAAAAAGUACAGGAGCCAGUCCCAGUUGUCAAGCCUCAAAUAAAGCCAUCAAUUCCACAGUUUUAUUUCCCUCAAGGGAAGCCAUCUGAUCCCUCACAGUCAGAAAAAGACACAAAAUUAAUUAAUCAGUAUUUUAUCAGAGAUUCCUUAAAAAUCCAAGAAUUUGAAGCCAUUACCAAAGAGUUUUGUGGGCUUCCCAAGAUAGUCCUUCCUACAUUAUUCACUAAUAUUGCUGGAGAAGGAAGAGAAAUAGUGACAAAAGCCCAGUUUUUGAAGUACUGGAAAUCUGAACUCGAAGGGAAAAAUCCUGUUCAGAGACUAUUUAAUGUUCUAUGUAAACCUGGAAGGAGAUAUUUGAUAAGGAAUGAUUUUAAGCCGCUUAUGAUUUAUUUAAUGGAAACUCACCCUGGGCUUGAAUUUUUGAAAGCUACCCCAGAGUUUCAAGAAAGAUAUGCAGAAUGCGUUGUGGAAAGGAUUUUUUAUAGUUUAGAUACAAAUGAUGAAGGGAAAAUCACAUUUAGGGAGCUGAAAAGAAGCAAAUUAAUGGCAGUGUUGCUGAAUUUAGACACUGAAGAAGAUAUAAAUAAAAUCAGAGACUUUUUCUCUUAUGAGCAUUUUUAUGUGCUAUAUUGCAGGUUUUGGGAGCUGGAUACAGAUCAUGAUUUUUUGAUUGAUAAAGAAGAUUUUUCUAGAUAUGAAGGUCACACUCUGUCAAGAAAAGCAAUUGAUAGAAUAUUUGAAGAAGUCCCAAGAAAAUUCAAAUCAAAUGUAGCUGGAAAAAUGUCUUAUGAUGAUUUUAUAUGGUUUAUGAUAUCUGAAGAAGAUAAAUCAACUAGCAGGUCAUUGGAAUAUUGGUUUAAAGUUGUAGAUCUAGAUGAUAAUGGAAUUAUAACUGCAUAUGAAAUGGAUUAUUUUUAUGAAGAGCAGCUUCACAGGCUAGAAUAUCUUAAACAAGAAGCGGUACCUUUUCAAGAUGUCCUGUGUCAGCUUGCUGAUAUGAUAAAUCCUAAAACCCAAAAUCAGUUUACUUUGAGCGAAAUUAUAGCCAAAAAAAGUAUCAGCGGAGUCUUUUUUAAUUGCUUACUCCCCCCCCCCCCCUCCGUGAGCGAACAAAACCAUUAGAAAAAUCGCCAUUUUUUGACCAAAAACCCACCCUCUGUGAGUGAACAAAAAUUGUUUUAAUAGAAAAAAUUUUAAUGGAAAAAAAUUUUGAUAUAUAAGUGAUAAUUAGUAUAAUGAAAUCUAGAGCUAAUUCUGUUUAAUUUUAAACAAAUUGCGUUUUAAAACAUAAAUUUUGCAAAUUAAAUUAAUAUUUGCUUCCCAAUUUUGCAAAUUAGGAUUUUUUUUAAAUUUCGAAAAAAAUAUUUUUUAUAAAAUUUAUAUAUAAAUUUUUUUUUAAAAAAAAAAAUUUAACCCCCCUCCGUGAGCGAACAAAAUUUUUUUGUUCGCUCACGGAGGGGGGGGGGGAGUUAGUGAAUUUAAACAAAUUUAUUGCAUAUGAGCAGCGCGAUCCUUUCCAAAUAAAAAAUGAACUCAACGAAAACCCUGAUUUCACGGACUGGGACCGAUUUGCAAACGCAGAAUAUGUAAGAUUAGCUAUGGAAGAAGAAAACGCUGAAGCAUCAGAAGUGCUAGACGAAGUGUGGGAUUCUGAUCGAGAAGAUUAG